GAGCGACAUGUGGAAUAGCACGAAAAACUGUCAGUAGUUAUAUCCAGUCCCUUGGCGAGCAGUCGGUGUUCGGUAGACAAAGCGGCGUGAGGAUUGCGAUUCCUCGUUUCCCGUAAUAAGAAAAGCCUGAUAAAAAUGUGGCGGAAUUCAGCGAGAAUAAAAUUGAUCGUCGCUCGAUCGAUGUCUAUAAACAAUUACAAAUAAACGUGAGACAUGGUAGUGAGCUUGUCCGAACGGGAUAAAACGAACGUUUGAACGUCUCCAUCAGACUCUACGAAGCAGUGACGACUCAGUGAUUUUUUUAAAAGCUUUCAACCAACAAACUAACGACUGAAAAGACUCUCAGACUCUUCGCAGUCUUUUUGUCUGCCACGAUCUCUGAAAAACCCUCUUUCAAGCGCCCGCGGAGCUGCGGGAUUUCACGAUGGUCACGGAUAACACCAGCCAGACGGAUGACACGACGGCGUUUCUUCGGGCUGCUAGGUCCGGAAACCUCGAAAGAGUAAUCGAGUACCUCGACACGAAUCUAGAUAUCAAUACGGCCAACUCGAAUGGCUUAAAUGCUAUGGAUUUAGCCUCGAAGGAUGGCCACGUCGAAAUUGUAACUGAAUUAUUAAAAAGGGGAGCGAAGGUUGACGCAGCCACCAAGAAAGGAAACACCGCUCUUCAUAUAGCUUCCUUAGCUGGGCAAACGGAAAUAGUUAGGAUCCUUAUUCAGUAUGGGGCUUCGGUCAACAUACAAUCUCAAAAUGGUUUCACGCCUCUGUACAUGGCAGCUCAAGAGAAUCACGAUCAAGUCGUCAAGUUAUUACUGUCCAGCGGAGCCAAUCAGAGCCUGGCUACUGAGGACGGAUUUACCCCCUUAGCGGUAGCGAUGCAACAAGGACACGACAAAGUAGUAAGCGUCUUACUCGAAAACGAUUCGAAAGGAAAAGUUCGUUUGCCAGCGUUGCACAUUGCAGCGAAGAAGGACGACUGCAAAGCUGCUGAUUUAUUAUUACAGAACGAUCAUAAGCCGGAUGUGACAUCGAAAAGUGGGUUCACUCCGCUUCACAUUGCGGCUCAUUAUGGAAAUGAGGAGAUAGCGCGUUUGCUCAUAAAACGCGGAGCUGACGUAAACUACCUGGCCAAGCACAACAUAAGCCCGUUGCACGUUGCUGCCAAAUGGGGCAAGAAUAACAUGGUGAAAAUAUUGUUGGAAAAUUCGGCCAGCAUCGAUGCCAAAACUCGAGACGGGCUUACACCGCUUCAUUGCGCUGCUCGAUCCGGCCACGAGGAGGUCGUUUCCACUCUUCUCGAGCACGAGGCGCCGAUCAGUGCUCGCACCAAGAAUGGAUUAGCGCCAUUGCACAUGGCAUCUCAAGGUGAUCACGUCGACGCCGCAAGGGUUUUGUUGUACCAUCGAGCACCGGUUGACGAAGUGACCAUCGAUUAUUUAACAUCUCUCCACGUCGCUGCACAUUGCGGGCAUGUUAGAGUUGCGAAGCUGUUGCUGGACAGAAAAGCUGACCCAAAUGCUCGUGCCCUUAAUGGCUUCACGCCGCUUCAUAUCGCGUGUAAGAAAAACCGCAUCAAAGUCGUGGAACUUUUGCUCAAGCAUGGGGCCUCGAUCGAAUCGACCACGGAGUCCGGACUGACCCCAUUACACGUCGCCAGUUUUAUGGGCUGUAUGAACAUUGUCAUAUUCCUACUGCAGCACGAAGCCAAUCCUGACGUGCCAACCGUAAGGGGUGAAACACCUUUGCAUCUAGCUGCUAGGGCUAAUCAAACUGAUAUUAUUCGGAUAUUAUUAAGAAACGGAGCCAAAGUAGAUGCUCGAGCGAGGGAAGAACAAACACCUUUGCAUAUCGCGUCGCGUUUGGGCAACGUUGACAUCGUAAUGUUAUUAUUGCAACAUGGAGCUGCUGUUGACACAACGACAAAGGACAUGUACACUGCUCUGCAUAUUGCAGCGAAAGAGGGCCAAGAGGAGGUGGCGGCUAUCCUCGUGGAAAAUCACGCUUCUGUCAAAGCAGCGACGAAAAAUGGUUUUACACCUCUGCACAUCGCAGCCAAGUACGGAAAUAUGAACGUCGCGAAAAUACUCUUGCAAAAGGACAGCAAACUCGAUGCACAGGGAAAAAACAACAUUACGCCGCUACAUCUUGCGUGUCAUUACGAUCACUCGAAUGUUGCCAAUAUGAUCUUGGAGAAAGGGGCAUCUCCACAUCUUGCCUCACAAAAUGGUCAUACUCCUCUGCAUAUUUCGGCUCGUAAAAAUCAGAUGGAUAUAGCCUCGACGCUGCUUGAACACGGCGCCGAUCCUAAUGUCCAAUCGAAAGCUGGUUUCACACCGCUGCAGUUGAGCGCCCAAAAAGGACACUACGAUAUGACAAAUUUAUUGAUCGAGCAUGGUGCUGAUCCGAAUCACAAAGCGAAGAACGGUCUGACUGCUCUGCAUCUCUGUGCACAAGAGGACUUCAUACGCGUGGCUUCGGUCUUAGUUAAAAAUGGUGCAAACGUCGAGAGUGAAACGGAAACUGGAUACAGACCGAUUCACGUUGCCGCUCAUUUCGGAAAUUUGUCAAUGAUACGUUUCUUGCUUAAACACAAUGCUCAAAUCGAUGUGAGAACCAAUCAGAAUUAUACGCCGCUGCAUCAAGCUGCACAACAAGGCCAUGCACACAUUGUGUCUGCCCUGCUGGAAGGAAAUGCGUCACACAAUGCUCGAACGGCCGAUGGUUUGACCGCGUUGAACGUGGCUCAAAAAUUAGGUUACAUAUCGGUGAUGGAGGUUUUGAAGGGUUUGUCGUACGAUACUCUCACACCUGACAACAGAACUUGGGAAGAGAAGUACAAAGUUAUUGCUCCGGAGAGUCUUCAAGAGACCAGCUUUAUGUCUGACUCCGACGACGAAGGAGUUUCAGACGGUUUGGUGAACGAGCAACCGUACCGAUAUCUUACGGCAGAUUUGAUGAAGAGUCUGCGAGACGAUUCGUUGCCCAUUGACGUUACCAGAGACGAUCCAAUACACCGACAAGUCUCGAAAGAAGAGAAGCAAGAAUUCGUUCAGAGCAACAAUUAUUGUUUGGCUGAGAAUUUCGACACGAAUGACAGCGCGAGCUUGGCAAGACUUCACUUCAGAUCAUUUUUAGUGAGUUUCUUGGUCGAUGCUCGCGGUGGAGCCAUGAAAGGCUGCAGACACAGCGGUAUAAGAAUCAUCGUUCCUCCUCGAAGAGCCACGAUGCCGAUACGCGUUACUUGCAGAUUGAUGAAACCAAGUAAAGUCGCUAAUCCACCAUCGCUCAUGGAGGGCGAAGCUCUCGCAACUCGGAUCAUAGAAAUGGGACCGGUCGGAGCGAGUUUUUUGGGCCCUGUCUUGAUUGACGUGCCCCAUUUUGCAUCGGUGCAAGGCAAGGAGAGAGAGAUAAUUAUACUGCGAAGUGAGAACGGUGAAACGUGGAAGGAGCACGAUAAUUCACCAGACAAUGACGAUACUCUGUUCAACACACCCCAUGGUAGUAAACGUAGUACGAAUCCUCAAUUGAGUGCAUCGCAUAAUGGACGAAUAACUCGAAUAUUGACGACCGAAUUUCCACAAUAUUUUGCUAUUGUGACAAGAAUUAAACAAGAGGUCCACGUGAUUGGCGCCGAUGGCGGGAUUCUCAUUUCCAGCGUAGCGAACCACGUGCAAGCCGUUUUUCCACCGGGGGCUUUGACCAAAAAAAUCAAAGUUGGUUUACAGGCGCACGUCAUACCGACCGAAUUGACGGCUAAACUUUUGGGCAACUGUGUGGCUGUGUCGCCCGUAAUUACUAUCGAACCGAGGAGGCGGAAGUUCCACAAACCAAUAACUCUGACGAUUCCGGUGCCACAAGCUGCCAACAAAGGAAUGAUCAAUCAAUAUGGCGGGGAAACUCCUACGCUGCGUCUACUUUGUAGCAUAGCUGGAGGCACGAGCGAAGCACAAUGGGAAGACGUGACGGGAUCUACGCCUCUGACAUUCAUGAAUGAUCGUGUAUCAUUCACUACAACAGUUUCCGCGCGAUUCUGGCUUAUGGAUUGUCGAAAUAUCAGCGAAGUGCCCAAAAUGGCUACGGAAUUGUACAAAGAGUCACUCUUCGUGCCGUACAUCACGAAUUUUGUCAUCUACACGAAGAGAAUGGACGUGCUUGAGGCAACACUACGAAUCUUGUGCAUGACUGACGGCAAGGAAGGAAUCCACACCCUUGAGAGACAAGAAGAAUUUCUUGAAAUCGUCAAGAGUCGAGACGUCGAGGCCCUCGAUGGAAAAGAUCUUUACAUCGAAUUCAGCGGAAAUUUAGUGCCGGUUACGAAAUCCGGUGUACAAUUGAAGUUCACCUUCAAAGCUUUCCGUCAGAAUCGACUCUCCUUCCACGUCAAAGUUCGAGAUCCGCUACUCGAUCCUGUCGCCCGCAUGAUGUUCAUGAGAGACCCGAAAGUUGCCAAGGGCGAGCCCGCUCAGCAGCCCAUUUGCGUUCUCAAUAUCGUACUGCCGGAGAACAUUAACCAAGAAGAAAACAAGAACAGAGAGUACGAAGAUUCCAACGUGACAGAACGAAAAAUUGAUCGUUACGAGAGCGCGUAUACGAAGCACGAGGGGGAAAAGGGCGAUAGACCAAAGUCCUCGUCACCGUCGGAAUCAAAAUUCAUUACUGAUAUUUUGCAAAAAGAACAGACAGAUGCCGCUACUAUCCACGAAUCCUUUGCACAAAAAGCGGCUUCUCCCAUAGAAUCUGUAGAUGCUAGUUAUCCCAGUAACGUAAGCCAUCGGGACGAACUAUCGCCCACUAACGAGAAACAAACUUACACGGAGAAGCGAAAGUUCUGGGAGGACAUUACGAGAAAGCGAGAAAAUUAUCAGCGCUCCGAGUCCGAAAUGUCGAGAACUUCCCAAAUUACGGUUAACGAGAGCGACAGCGAGUGUUGCAUACAGAACAUCGUUUCCGAGGAAGAAACCGCCGAAAUCGUUCCGGAGAGAUCGGAAACCAUGGAAGACCUCAAUAUUCCGGAUAUUUCGGAAUGUUCCGUUGCCGAAAAGGCCCACUACUUCGAGGAACAGAUACAGAAGGAGCUCUCCACUUCCCGACCAACUUCGAAGCUCAUUACUCAAGAAUCCAUCAAAGAACAGUUCGCCAAAUUACCCAGCAACCUUUCCGGCCAAUCGGCCCCCGACAGAGCCGACAAGGUCAAAUGGGACACGGAAAUAGAUCGGAAAAUCGAAAAGGACGAUUGGAACCUGAGCGAAUCGAUCAGAAGAGACAAAUUCUUCGCCGGGGACGAUUGCAAGUUUGAAAAAACGAGAAGCAGCCUCCGCGAGCACGAGAGAAACGAGGCUAAGACGCUGGACAUCGACGCGGGCGAAGAUUCCGAUCAGCAGGAACCUGACCAAGUUUCCGACGAUAAAAUUAAAGAGGCGGAAGAAAAUGAAUUGGAGAAAGAAAUUGAGUCCAAAGACUCCAAAGCCAGAACUUUCGACCAAGACAAAUCUUCAGCCCUUCCAAAAGAAUCGGAAUUCCCACCCGAGUCUCUCAAGCUCAAGGACAUAGCUCAACCCGAUUUGGAUGCGCAUCGGAAAAUUUGCACAGAAUUUUUGCAACAUGAGGCUAAGCUCAGCCACGAGGAAUUGGAAAGCAGCGAUCGAGUGUACAAAUCCCUCGAUAAAACAGCUUUCGUCGUUGAUAAACGCGAGGAGGAUCAAUCGCCGAUACGAGAAGAAACUUUGGAAUCUUCGCGAGACGCUAAAGCUCAGCCAGUCGCGUCUCAACACGAGGAAUCGAUCAAACCAGCCAAAGAGGAUUCGCCUCCUUCUAUGAUACCUCGGAAAAUAAAGCCCGACGUUCCCACCAAAUCUGAAGCGAAGAAAGUGCCUUCGGAGGAGACUGAAACGAAACAAGAAUUGCCAUUGGAACCACAAGUGAGCCUUGCAACAGACAAGUUUAGCAGCGAACGAGAUACCAAAAUUUACGACAAAGAAUCUACCAGCCCGUCCGAAAAAGAUACUCUCAAGCUCCAAGAGGAAUCGAAACUGAUGAAAAAGGAUUCUCGCAUUCCGAUAUCAAUGCCCAAACUUGAAAAGGAGAAAGAAGUUGCGCCCAGCAAAAUCCCGGUCUCGCCGCCAGCAAAAUCGGUUUCCGGGGAAGAAAUAACGUCGCCGAAGAUGGAAAAAGAAAAGGAGCCUGCGCCCAGUAAAAUCCCCAUUCCGCCGGCAGCAAAGUCGGUUUCCGAGGAAGAAAUAACAUCGCCGCCGAUCGAAAAAGAGAAAGAAUUCGCGUCCAGUAAAAUUCCGGUUUCCCCGUCAGCGAAGUCAGUUUCGAGGGAAGAAAUGAGAUCGCCCAAGGAGAGUUUCGACGAGAAAACGAGCUUGAAAUUCCGCGAGGAAUCAAAGCCUGUAAAGAAGGAUUCUCAGAUACCGACUCGGGUAGCGACAAAAGUUGAAAAAGAGAAAGAACCGGGGGCGAGUAAGAGGGGAGAGUCGCCGACGGAAAAAUCGGCGGCAUGGGAUCGAUCUCCGUCGGGCGAGGGAGUCACGUCCCCGAAGAAGGAGUUCGAGUCCCGCAUUCCGAAACCCACGGCAUUGAGCAAAGGUCAGGAGAAGGAAGCUCGAAAAGAUUCGCCGAAAGAGAUUUUGACGGAGAUAAAAACAACGGAAAAGCUUUCGUCGCAGCAUUACCAAAAACUCACUUCCGAAACGACGACGAAAACGAUCAGCAAAACUUUCGUCGCUCAGACGAUCGACGCCGAGAAGAUAUUCGAGGAAGCCGAGACGAAAAUAAAACAGGACACGUCCGUCGUCACUUCGAAGAUCGACCACAAAGCGUUGACCGAAACGAAACAGAUAACCUCUUCGGACGCUACCAAAGAGCCGGAAACAUUUUUCAAACACGAGCAGUCCGAUCACAAGCUCAAAGAGAAAUUGACCGAAUCGACCACGACCAAAGAAACUCCUCGAGAAGUGCUCUACGACAAGCAACUGGAGUCGCAAAAAUCCGACGUUCUCGGACUCGAAGAAAUCUCGAUGACGCUAAAGGACGGUAAGCAGAGCGUCGAGGCAGCUGCCAAGAAAUGUAACAAGGUCGAGAAGGAUGAGCAGAGAUUGCAAUCGCUGGCGGACGACGGAGGAACAUUUAUCCAAGCGACGGACUCGAGUCUCCUCAAAGAGCGUGAGAUCGAUGCUCGGUUAAGAAUCGAAAGAGAGUCAGACCAACGCGAGCCUCUCGAUUUCGACGAGGAAAUGAAGAGAGCGGUGAUCAACGAGCGGCGGUCCGAGGAGCGCACCGUUUCGGAGGCGCACGUCGUGCUCCCCGCCGACCUGGGAACCAAGGAAUGUCGAUCGGAGGCAAGGCCAGCCGGUAAAGUCGAGUCCGAGGCUGGGACGGUAGCGCAAACGCCGGAGGAGCGUCAAGAGCAAAUGGUGAAAGAAUUGGAGGCUCGGAACAUUGCCGAAACCAUAAUAGAAUCGAUACAAACGGAAAUAGCGAAGAGGUCGGCGAGCCUGGAGGGCAUCAAGCAGCUCGACACUUCGGACAGCGACAGCAAAGAUUAUUCGGAAAACACUUUGGACAUGGACACCAAAGAAUCGGAGGUAUUCCACGACCAAAUGGCCGACGAUUUGAUGAAAAAGUUCGAAGACAUAAUGGAGAAAAGAUCGAGGAGUCAGUCCCAAGUGUUGGACGAUAACGAAAUGUUGCCGGAGCGGCUGCGCUCCGUGAUUCUAUCGCACGAAGAGAAUCUCGAGAAAAUUUCGGACCGCGGGAGCAUCAGCGUCAGCGAGGAUUUGACGAAGGACGAGGAGUCGACGCCCUACGACAAGGAGGAAAGUUUCCCCUCGUCCUCGUCUCAGCCCAAGUUGAUCGACCGCGACAUGACGAUGAGCCCGAGCAGCAUUUCCGAUCCGAUCGACCUCGAAGUUUCGUUGGAAUCGGAGCAGUCGAACGACGUCGAAUCGGCGAAGCAAGGAAUCGAGAGGAAGUCGGAGGAGCCGGGUUUGGACUCGGUACCUUCUUCAGAGAUGGACGAGCCCAGGGCGAAAUCAUCGGAAAAGGCGGAGCAGACGAAGCAGAUUCAAGAGCCGAUCCAAGUCGCGACGAUUCACGAGAGUCCGGCGUUCGAUUCCCUCGACGAAAUCUGCCAGGAUCGCAAUAUUAUUGCGGACCCUAUAAAAAUGGAUUUCUCUUUCGACGUCGCUAAGAUCGAGAAGCCGAAGGACAUGGGGAAGGCGAAAUCCCUGGCGAACCUGAUCGUCAGACGCACCGAGAGCGACGAGUCCGUGAGCCCUGCGAUCCUCUCGCCCCGGUUGAGGCUCAAAGAGCUCGAGAUAAAACCCGUCAACUGGAUGAUCGGCGACGAGAAGAUCGAAGUCUCGGAGCCGCUGCAGCCCUCCCAGGCGUUCGACAAGGAGCUCGAGGAGUACCAACGCUCCCUCGCGAGGCAACGAAGUCGAACUUCCUCUCGAGACGGAUCCGUGGACGAGCAGGAAUCCGUAACGCGGUCUUCCGAGGACGUUAGCACCGUCGAUUCGGUGAGGGAAACCUUCGUUGAAAAAGAUUCUUCCGAGGUCGUCGCGACAACGCCCUCCUCCAAGUUCACCGUCACCGCCGUCCCCGAGCAGGACUUUGAGAGCGAACUCGUUGAAAAUCGGCUGGACAUAAGCUGUCAGGAACUCAUAGACACUCUGAAGAGGGAAUACGAGGCCAAAACACCCACGGAAGAUCGAGACGAGUCGAAGUACACUUACGAUUCGGAGAAGGCUGAAAAAGGAGGCCGUAAAACCCCGGACUUUUCGGCCCGCGUUGACCCCUCGCUGGAAUCCACUGCACCAGAGGAAACGGGCGACGCGAGUGUCGGCGACGUUUCUAUCGAGGUGCCGAAGUUGCUCGUAGAGGAUAAAACGGAAGCUGGGGAGCCGGAAGAGGCUGCGACGACGGAGACGCGUUUGGAGGAAAAAGCAAAGGAACCGGAGCUCGAACCAAUUGCGGUAUCGAGCGAGCCGGCAGAAAAAAAAGAAGAGAUUGUCGCAGCCUCCCGGAGGACCGUGGACGAAGCGAAGAGCGACGUUUCGUUGCGAGGUCUGAAGCAGACGUCGCCGAGCAAAGCUCGAAAGACUUAUUCCGAUGAAUCGAAAGCCGGGGGGGGCGUUUUGGAAAUUCGUGAAAAAGUAUUGAGCAGCGACAAGGGGAAGAAGGAAGAUUUGCCGAGCGUUGAUCUCAGCGCCCGGUACGCGAUAACGGUUCUCGAUCAAGUCGUCAAAAAAGAGAUCGCCGAGGUGAAGGAAUCUCUGGAAGCCGCGAAGCAGGAUCUCAUCGAAGAAUUGAGCGAGAACUCUGAAACGGUGUUCCAGAUAAAAGACUCACCGUCGGAGUUCCAGUUCAAGCUCGAGCCCGAAACGAUACCGAACGAUUUGCCAUUUUUGUACAAAGCUCCUUCGUUCGAGCAGGUCGAGCAGAAAGCAGCCGCCGGCAAACCGGAGGGGUCUCCGGUCGCGAAGCCCCGGAGAGUUGAUCCCGAGGACAAAGCUGCUUCCGAGUCCGAGGAAAAAGUCUCCCCCGAGGGGAGAUCGAAAAGCAGCAAAACGGGGGACAAAAGUUUCGAAGAAAAAUCUCAAUCCAGUACCGACUCCAGUGGAAAAGGUAAUUUUAUUAAAAUCCUCGAAACGAGCGACAAGGAGACCAGCGCCGAGGCCACAGCGACCUCGCAACCGGUCGCCGCCACUCGAUCGAGCUCGGACGCCGAGAGCAAAGACGAGGGAGCGACGCUCCUGACUCCUCAACCGGCCCCGCGGCGUCGGCCCAAGCCCGCGCGGACAUCGAAAAAAGUCACCUCGGAAAGUGACGCGGGCUCGAGUUCCGGGGACAGCAGCAAUUACCAAUCCUGCGACUACGAAAUCGGGAGUGGCAGCAGACCGAGUUCUUCGGACAUCGAGGCGCUGCACUCGACUCUCCCAUCCGGGACGGUCUCCGAGUACGAAACGGCGCUCAUGUCGAUCGAGCAUUCGUCCGCGUCGAGGCCGACGUCGCAGGAGUACCAGAGCGCCGUCAGCACCCUGAGUUCUCGUGAAUCGAUGAAGUCCCUCAACUCCCUGAGCUCCGGUCAUCUCGGCAGCAUCGACAGCGCCGGUGAGCUUUCCGAGACUCUCGUAGCCUCGGAAGCGGAGGACGAGCAGGAGGAGGACGGCGAGAAGGAUCAGAUGGAGGAGAAUCUCGAGGGGAUUCUCGACGAGGACAAAGAGUCCGACUCCUCGAGCAGCGAGAUCGCCAUGGAUGACGCUUUCGACAAAACCAGCGACGACCUCCCCUGUCGCAUGAAACGCUCUUCGGAAAUGAUCUUCCAACAGAUCAUGGACGAAGCAGCUGCCGAAGGCGAGGAAGCCACCAACGAGGAAGAGGGAGGGCCGGAGGAGGAAACGCGAUUCGACGAAUGCACCACCGAGCAGUUGCCCAGCGACACCGUCGCCGAGGACGAGGAAGCUUUUAGGACCGAUUCCAUUUUCAUGAGCACCGACCUGACCAGCGAAGCUUACGACAAGAGUUUCUCGUCGAUGGAGUCCAAGACCGAUGUGCCGGAGGUCCUCAUCGAGGGCGUCGCUCCCCAAACCGACGCUCCCUUACUCGACACUCACCUCGAAGCCGAGGAAGAAACCGAAGCGGAGGAGACUAGGCAAGAAUUGCUGGAAUUCACGACUAGCACGGAAGCGGAUAUGCCGCUGGGAGAGACGGAUGUUCCCGGGGGUGACGCGGCCCCCGGAUCGAUAGGAACUUUGCUCCAUCAAGCGAGCACGACGUCCUCGACUUCCGGAGCGAUGUCGUUCGAAACGGUGAUCGAAAAAGACCAGAAACUCGACCGCCAUUCCCCGGACAGCGAUUCCUUCGAGCUCGUCGACAAGCCCGACAUCAUCGAUGAUUUCGUCGUGAUCGAGGAAGUCGGAAGGGAAGCCGAGGAGUUCGAUUCCGAGGGUAAGAGCAUAAGCAUCGGAUCGACCUCGCAAAGCAUCAACAAGAAGUACGACAGGGAACUGGAGAACUUGAUUGCCGCGGAAACGAAGGACGAGGGUGAAGCCGCGCCGACGAGUCAGGCGCUACCGAGAAACAACGAGCUCUUCGAUUUCGAGUCGGAGGAAAGUCCGCCGAUGGCCUCGAACGCGGACGAUCAAUAUUCCCAGUCCCUUUCCGACGACGAGAACUUCGAAGGCAGUAAAAAGUGGAUGGAGAUGCAAUUCCAGGCCGAUCCUCGGGGCUACGACCUCGAUUACGAUCGCGGAAGGCUCGAGGAUAUAAAAGAAGAGGAAAUCACCGAUUUCGAAGCCGGCAGCAGCAGGUUCGGUAGCUUGGGAAGCCACAAAGGCUCGAUCGGCAGCGUCGGGAGCAUGCGGGGGAGCUACGGCAGUGCGACCGACUUCGAUGUUCUCGCGGGUAAGAAAACUUUCUCCAAACCCAUCGAACACGACAACGUUUCCUUGAGCUCCCUCCAAGAGUUCGAGUCCCUGGAGAGCGCCGUCGCGAUGGAAAAUUCGCGCAAGUUACAGUGCGGCUCCCAGGAGUCCGUCAACAACGGAAGCCUCCCGAGGCGUUACGUCACCAGCCGCUCCGGACACGGCGACGACAUAUCGCUCUCCUCCUUGAAGGACUUCGAGGGCCUGGAAAAAGCCUGUCGCGAGGCUCACCUGAUCGAGCUCCGCGCCCGAGAGGAAGAGGAUCUUCUGGAUCACGAGAGCCCCGAAAAUCGUUACAAGCUCGAGAACCUACCGCGACCGAAAGCAGCGGCCGAGCCUGUGAGCGCGACCGGCUCCUUCAAUCCGAGUACUUCCGGCUCCGACGAUUACGAAAAGAGAAUUAUGGAAAUCGACGAAAUAAUACGAAUAGCGCAAGCCAACGUUGAGAAAUUCGACCGCCAGGAUGACACCACCGAAGACAUAUCCCAAAUCGAGAUAACCGCUGAUGCCGAAAAAGUUGAAAACGUUCCUAGCGCCGUCGUCAGCGUCGUGCCGGAUCCGGAGCGAGAGGACUCGCCACCGAGACCGGGCGACACCAACCUCAUGGAAACCAGCACCGACUCCCUCGAGCUGGAGGAGAACGUCGACAAGAAGCACAAUCCCCUCUGUCGAAGCUCCGAUUCUCUGGAGAUGAAAACUACCAUAGAUUUCCCUUCUUUGAGCUCCGAUUCUCUGAACAACGUCAGAGACCCGCGGGAAACUCAAAUCGAAACGAGCAACGAUCGGUUCGGCAGCAACAGACGAAUCUCUUCGGACUCCCUCGAAAUGCCACUCGUCGAACAACAGCCGGACGCGGAUUCGCACGACAAGAGCUCCGAUAACGGCAGUUAUCACUUGAAAGGAUCUUUCGACGAUUCUGUCGAGCAAACUUGCUCCACAACCGAUACAAAAAUAACCAACAACGGCAAAACGAGGUCACCGUCGAUGAGUGAAUCGUAAAAUGCCCGUGAGAUCGAGCACUAUGAAAAGGAUUUUCAAGAGGAGAAUAUACGAGAAAAGCUCUCAAUGUGUGUGGUAACUACAAAAUGGGAGAAGAAUCAACGGCUUAUGUGCACGUGUGCGAAGGCUAAAGCUUGGAAACGCGACGAGAAACUGGCUCUCGAACGAGCCAAGAAUUUCGUCCGAGAUUCACGACGAAAUAGGAUUUUAUUACACGAUAUUAUUAACACUAAUGCGUUAGUUUAUCAUCGUUCGAUUUGAAUCGUAAGGGAGGAUCGAGUCCUGACGUGUGACGUUGCAGGUGACCAAUCCUCGUAAUAAAUACUUCUAAAUCCGCGUAAAUGCUUGGAACAAUGAGAAACGAAAAUUCAUGAUAGUUACGAUAUUGAGAAUAUUAAGAAAUUGUUGAGCAAAUGAGAUUAUAGGUGGAAUGAAAGUGGCUCGUAGUUUUAAGCAUUGUAUCCUAUUCUGGUAUUAUAUAUAUAUUAGAUAAAUAUAUAUGAAAUAUAUAUAAAUAUAUAUAUAUAUAUAUAAUAUAACGAAUAUCGGUGUGUUUACGACAGUAAUUAUCGUCGCAAUAUUUUGCUUAAUUGUUUGAAAACUUUUUACCGAGCAUUAUUACGUUGCAUUUGUAUGUUUAUAUUUUAAAAACGCGAUCGACGGACGUUCUAUUUGUACGAUAAUGAUAAAAAUAUGAGAGCAGCGAGACUCUCUCGAGUCUCCGUGUUUUUCGUAAACGUAACGAAAUUAUUGAAAAUUGAAAUGACGAUUUAUAACCGAGCCGGAUAGCAGCCAGGAGACAAAAAAAUCAUCGUGUUUUGCUCAUGUUUUUGUUCGGUAGUGUUAUCGCUUUGUGCAUCGGUGAGAAAAGUGUUGCUGGGAGUGGCGAACGAAAACGUAUUGGAUUCUUGUUUUCUUUCCAAUUUAUAGCAAAGUUUGUAUGAUCUUUGAAAAAUGCUUGCUCGACUUGUGCACGGAGGCUGAAGAAAGAGAACAAGAUAAUCGCUGCUAAUUUUUUCAUCGCUGCUUGUUUAAUCAUCGUUUCCAAUACUUCUGGAUGGUAGAACGUAAAUUCAGCAACUCUUUCGUACCAUGUGAAGAAUCAGUAGAUUUUUCCUUUGAUAGAAUUAUCUCAGGGAAAUCAAGUUGUAAUGCAGUCUUCGUCUACGAUUCCAGCGCGCAGUAUACAUUAAUUUUGUACAUCUGAUAAUAAAAUGAAAGUUGAUUAUUAUCCGA